AUGCCCCCAAUAAAUGCUAGCAAACAGGGAAGGCGACACCUUCAAGCAGAAUCCUCAGAAUUAGCUGAACUAAUCUUUGACUACUGCGACAACAUGAACAUGCCGCCAGAACUGUACGAGAGCUAUAGAACCACCCUUGUACUCUUGCAAUACUUCUUGCCACUGAUCGUCAUAAGUUAUGCUUAUGCAAGAGUAGCUCUCACACUUUGGGGAUCCACAGCUCCCGGUAACGCACAGUCUGAUCGUGACUCAAACAUCAUGAGGAAUAAGAAAAAGGUAUUAAAGGUAUCAUGA